AUGCAAGUUUUGGAUCAGCACUGGCACACGGCUUGCCUAAAGUGUAUGGAUUGCGGUAUCUAUUUGUCUGACAAGUGUUUCAUUCGCACGGAUGAAGUUUACUGCAAAACGGACUUUUUUCGACGGUUCGGAACAAAAUGCGCCGGCUGCGAGAAAGGCAUUCCACCGUCGGAAGUGGUUCGAACCGCGCAGUCCAAUGUCUAUCACAUGGACUGUUUCGUUUGUGUGGUGUGCGAUCGUAUGCUCAAUACCGGAGAUGAAUUCUAUCUGUUACGAGAUCGUAAACUGAUGUGCAAAUUCGAUUUCGAGGCUGCAAAAGCCAGAGCAAUUCGUUUCUAUCCACUCCAGGCUAGGCACUCAAACGAAUCGAGAGGAUGGUCUAAACGUGGGUUUAGAUUUGUUCUAAAUAUUUACGUUUUCACUUGGUAUAGCGCUAAAGAGAAACGUUUGAAGAAGGAUGCUGGACGACAUUUGUGGGCAAUUUCAAAUUCCGUUCUGCUUGACGCAUCCAUGGACACACUUGGUGCGUUCCGCAGUGGAACCGCUCGGGAACUCGGUGAACAUGAGCCGUCGUCGAAACGGCUAUCCGAAACUUAUAGCUUCGCGGAUGAUUCAAUCAGUGGGGAUGGUUACACGUCACGUGACGAUCUGCAACAAGACGGUUUGAGUGACAACGACAGCCUCUACUCAGAAGAUCCGGAUAACAGUGGCGAGUCAGAACUAAUCACUGGUGCUGAUCAUCUGAUGCCGGACAAAUACAGCCAACCUCUGACUCCAAAUGACGCCUCUUUGGAAGCCAAUCCGAGCGCGAUCGAACAAACCACAAACAGUUGUCACACCUCAGCUGACCUCGGUCCGCGUUGGGCUACGCACACUUUGAAACCCAUUUGCGGCACACGAACACCUGGAACAUCGGAUCUCGAUCCUCGAGGUACGGAAUUACCGUUACCGGCAUUUUUAUCCCAAAUGCACGGAAUCACACAAUCAAGCGAUUCGAUCAAACCGUACGGAGUAGGCUGGGAUUCCGCGCAGUGCAAACCGUCGGUUCUCCUUCCGAAUACCGGGCCCGAUUUCUCGUUUGGUCAAACUUAUCAACUGCCCAGAGUGAGUAGUCGAAAUCUAAUCUCAUUGCCAUACACCGAUGGUUUGAAUGGCACCACACCGUCAGUGAGUGAAACUCCAUUAACUUCUACAAAUACCGGUCUACCUGUCAAACCCUUCUCGCUUGCUCCGGUAUAUCCAACUGCGCCGUUCUGGAGUUCCGUGAUUUGA